UCUAUUUUCAGUUGUUGAGGUCGGCUCACUGAACUUCAGGGCUCAAAGAGCUGGCUCGGUCCCCUCCCUUGCCGCCAUGAAGUGGAUGUUCAAGGAGGACCACUCACUGGAACACAGAUGCGCAGAAUCCGCAAAGAUCCGAUCAAAAUAUCCCGAUGGAGUUCCUGUGAUUGUGGAAAAGGUCUCAGGCUCUCAGAUUGUUGACAUUGACAAACGGAAGUUCUUGGUUUCAUCUGACAUCACUGUGGGUCAGUUUAUCUGGCUCAUCAGGAAAAGGAUCCAGCUUCCUUCUGAAAAGCCAAUCUUCCUGUUUGUGGGUAAGACAGUCCCACAGUCCAGCCUAACGAUGGGGCAGCUUUACGAGAAGGAAAAGGAUGAAGAUGGAUUCUUAUAUGUGGCCUACAGUGGAGAGAACACUGUCCACUUUUUUUUUUUUUUUUAAAUUCUUUGUUUUUUGUUUUUUUGGUUUUUUGUUGUUUU